AGUUUAAUGAUACUGUCACUGAAUCAUCACAAAUAUGGAGACAGUAUAAAUGUGUAUAUUAAGUUAUGUUUUUUAAAUAUAACAAUGGAGCUAAGAUUGUUUUUAAAAUAUGGAGAACAAAAUAAACAAAUUAAAGAAAGAUUUUGGUGUGAUAGAAGAUUUGUCUGACAUACAAUUCUUACAAAUUCAUAAAGAAAAUUAUAAAACUGAAAUCAAUGAAAAUAAUUUCGGAGAAAAACUUACUACUCUCUAUAUCAUUAAAUUCAGCAUAUUCAAUUUGGUGUAUUGCAUGAAGCUGUUGGUAUUUAUUUACGAAAGUUCCUCUGAAAUUUUGAAAUUAGACCUGAAGCUACAAGAUGAAGAUUUGCAAAAAGAACUGGAAGUUUGUCGAAACUUUUUGCAGAGAAGUAGAAAUAUAAAUUCUACUUUUUUAAAUCUAAAAAAAUUUUCAAGACUUUGUGAAGCUCGAAGAUUGAUAAUAAAUAUCGUACUUAAAAAAGAACCAAGAAUUUCUUUGUAUAGAAACGAUGAAGAUGCUCUAUGUAUAAAGUAUACUUGUGAUUCUCCCAAUAUUAUGAUAGAAAUAUGCUGGAAAAUAGGUUGGGAUUUGAAGAAUUGUGACAUUUUGGAUACCAUUGAAGUGUAUUAUAAUAAUUUUGAGUUGCCAAAUUCACAAUUCAUCCAGGAGGAAUUAGAAGCUCUAACUCAUUCUUCUUUAGAUUUUAACAUAAAAUUAAAAUUAUGGAAAAAACUUAUGUCAGAUUUAUCAGAACAUACCAGACCAAUUGUAAUACUUGAUAAUGAACCAAACGAUCAAUCCGAUAAUGUUUUAGUUAUUUCUGAUAGUGAUGAUGAGAGGAGUGAAAUAGUGGACAUAACUAAUCAAGUUAUAUAUGUGACUGAUUAAAUCCGUAAAUGUUGCAACAUUAUGUUUUUCUUAAAUUACAAUAUUUUUGUUUCUCAAUUCCAUCAUCUUACAAACAGUUACUGCUUUUUAAAUGAGAAAUUGUGGAAGAAUAAAUGAUAUUAUUAUUCUUAUAUAUGAAUCUUUACUAUUUUUAAUGUACAUGUACCUACAAUAUCCAUUUUUCUUGAUAAACGGGGACAUGAAGCAAAAGAGGCAAAACUUAUGAGAUUCUGAGCAGUAUGAUGGAUCUAGAUAAAACAAAGUGCAUUUGUGAGUCUCAGGAAACUUUGUGAAAAAAAAAUUGUAUUUGUGUACCUGGAGCCAUCUUUAAGACUAAAAAGCUAUAUACCCCGCAACAGCUUCUGAUCCACAAUGAUUUUUAAAUUUUGAUUCAAUUACAAAUCAACAAAAUAUUUUGUAUGGUUUUGCUCCAGGAAAAUGGUGCCACAACUCUGCCUAUUUUUUAUUUGCAGGUUAAAGAAAAGUCUUUGUUAAAAUUAAAAAUAAAUAGAUUUAUUGAAUAUUUCAUGUUCAGUUACAAAUAUAAAUUCAUAGUAGAAAAAGCGGCCGAUUUAUCAUUUUAUUUUUUCAUAUUUUUGUAAAUAAGGUAAUAAUUUAUUAACAGAAAAUAUAAUAUUAAAUAACAUGUGCUUAUUAUAUUAAUAACAAAACAUAUAUAUAAAACAAAACGCUGGUAUUUAAUAAAGUUUGUCAAUUGAU